AUGCCGGUGAUGAGUCCAUCUUUGUGUAUUGGGGCACAACCAUUGGUGUUCCUCCCUUCUCCUCGCUCUUCUCCUUUGCUCACUAAUGGAAACUUUCGUGGGCGUUACUACCCUACAAGAGUUUCUAUGCAACUCCAGAACCCGAGAACAUAUCCUUCUCUCAAGGCAGUUGGAACAGGAGCCUCUAUUAGGAAAGGAUUUGGUUUCAGCUCUAAGAGCAAAAGAUCUCUCUUUGUUUGUAACGCUGCUGUACUGGAUGCAAAAUGCAGUCAAGGGCAGACACAGACUGUUACGCGAAAAUCACGAACAAUCACAAAAGCUCCCACACAUGGAACAGCGAAAUCCCCAAAGCUUGAUGACGGUGGAAACGGGUUCCCACCUCGUUAUGGUGGUGGUGGUGGUGGUGGCGGAGGAGGAGGUGGAGAGAGCUUCUCUGGUGGAUUCUUCCUUUUCGGGCUUCUUAUGUUCAUGGCGUACUUGAAAGAUUUGGAGAGCGAAACAUGA